AUGGAAAAUUUCCUACCGGUAGAGAUUAUAACAAACAUUCUUUCACGUUUACUUACUGAAUCGCUAUGGGAGUGUUCGUUAGUCUGUAAAACUUGGCGAAGUCUCAUCUACAAUGACAAGCUCUUUGCCCAUAUGCACUCGCGUGGUAUUUACAAUCACGAUUCUGUUGCUGCUGUUUCUUCUGGUAAGGCAAGUUUCGUUUACUUGUUAAAUUCAGUAAAAGGGCCUAAUCUUCUAAAGUAUAUGGAAUAUGAUGAUGAUAAUCAUGAAAAACCUCUCAAGUUUGGAAUAACCAACUUAAUACCGGCACUUGGCUUUAACCCCGUCAAGAUUAUUGGUUCUUGUAACGGUUUAAUUUGUAUAUCUGAUGAGUUUUACAUAAAAGGUGACAGUACUAUCUGUAUUUGCAAUCCCAUAACUAGAGAAUUCGUGUAG